UUGAUCAACAGUACUUGUAUAAAAAAUCUGGAGCUUUCGAAGAAGUAAGAUCCAAAAAUUCUUUCAGGUACUGAAAAUACUAAAUUUAAUGGCUUUUUAUUGAGACGAAAUCAUGGAUAAUGCUUGAUGGCAAACCCCAGAAAGUUGUGGCUACAAGAGAAACAUAUUCUCUUGCAAUGUUGUAGUUUGAGACUGUGAACAAUGAAAUGAAAAGUGAGACAUCAAAUCAUGCUUAAAUGUGGAGGUACCAAAUGCUAAUUUUGUAAGUUGGAAUGAAGUCUCUCUUCCAAACUAUUAUGAAGAUGAUAGAUCAGCUGAAGAAGUAGAAGGCAAUUUAUUGGGGGCUGUCAUGCAGAAAAAGGAUAAGAAUAAACCAGCAUCCUUUUCUGGUCAUCAAAAUAAUGUCUCAACUGUUGGGGGAACCACAAAUCCGCAGUCACCCACUCCCUCCUAACAUUUCGAUAGUUUGGACAUUAACUCUGAUAA